CGCGCGCAGCACCGGCCCGCCAAUACCGACCGGUGGCACCCGAAGAGCGCGCGUCGCCUCGCGCCUUCCGACAACCGAUAUCGACGCGCAAACACUACGCACACUCGAUUAAAGUGAAAUACAGUGAUCCCUUCCCCUGAUUAAACAUCACCCAAAAAAUACCCAUCAAACACCCCAUCACAAAGCAUCGAUUGAAACCUUAUCAGUUAUCACAGGACAGUGCAACGCGCGGUUUCAUAUGUCCCCAGCAAACGGUUGCGUCCCACGAUAGUGAGGGGAUGGGCGCGGGCGCGGCCGCGGGCACUCAGUAUCGCGGGGCGGGGUAGCGCAGCAUGCGGGUGCGGGCGGCGCGCGCGCUGCGGGCGCUGCGGCGCGUGGCGCUGGUGCUGCCGCUGGCGCUGACCGCGCUGGUGCUGCUGCUGCUGCCGCGCCCGCCGCCCGCCGACUCGCCCGCGCGCGUGCCCUCCUCGCCGCAGCCGCCGCCGGCGCCGGUCAGAGAUGAUCCGCCGGUGCAAUUCCAGAUUUUAGUAACCGAAAACAAUGACAUAGCCGUCGAGGAGAACAAAAUUGAGGAUAGGCCAUGGUUCAUGCGAGGCGGUGAGAAACGGCCCACGCCGGAGGAGCCACACAGGGGGAUGUUCCCGGAUGAUCUUCCAGGAGAAGACAGAAUUUACGAACAACUGAUGUACGUUCUUCCGAAAAGCGAUGAAGAAGUACCAAUAAAGAAGAUUCUCCUUGCUAAUGGGCUGGGAGCUUGGGGUGUGCCAGCUGGCCGGACGGAGUUCAUACGAAACAAAUGCCCGGUGGAUCGCUGCUCUCUGACUGCAGACGCGAGAGAAGCCGCCACUGCUGAUGCUAUCUUGUUCAAAGAUCAUCACACACCGUUCAACGUUAAACGCCCGAUGAAACAGAUUUGGAUACUCUAUUACCUCGAGUGUCCAUACCACACAGCCUCUUUGCGGCCGACGUCAGUGGACCUGUUCAACUGGACGUCCACAUAUCGCCGCGAUUCAGACAUCGUGGCACCCUACGAGAAGUGGUUGUACCACGAUAAACUCGUUACCGGAAAGGACCACGAAAGAAACUACGCGGCUAACAAAACCAAAAAGGUUGCAUGGUUCGUAUCUAACUGCCACGCUCGAAACCGUCGCCUACAAUACGCUCGUCAACUCUCAAAAUACAUUUCCGUGGAUAUCUACGGAGCCUGCGGAUCGCACCACUGCCCUCGCACCGAUCCCAACUGUUUAGAAAUGCUGGACAAAGACUACAAAUUCUAUCUAGCGUUCGAGAAUUCAAAUUGCCGGGAUUAUAUCACAGAGAAAUUCUUUGUCAACGGCUUACAGCACAACGUCCUGCCGAUAGUGAUGGGCGCAAGAGCGUCGGAGUACGCGGCUGCCGCGCCAUUCACCUCGUACGUGCACGUGGAAGAGUUCGCGGGGGCCGAGGAGCUCGCCGCCUACCUGCACCGGUUGGAUAAUGAUGACAACCUGUACAACUCCUACUUCAGGUGGAAGAGUACUGGCGAGUUCAUAAACACGUACUUCUUCUGCCGCGUGUGCGCGAUGCUGCACGCGAAUGACCGGCGCAAGCGCACCGGCAGCUACCCCGACGUGCAGUCGUGGUGGCGCGACGGGGCUUGCACGCGCGGAGACUGGCGCUCCACCGAGCGCGACAACGGAUAGCGUCCAGCAGUCCUCCGCCUCACGGGCGCGAGACACUGAUGCUCCCAUAUCGCAACGCUUUGCGACGGACUCGUACGGACAUUCAUUUCAUUAUGCACAUUAUCGUGUCGAUCAUCGCUUAAUGCGCCCAAAACUAACGAUCGUUAUUUGAGGACAUCAUUAUUCCAGUGUUUACAUUAGAUUCGUCGGCGUCAUCUAUGAUAGAUCACGCUAUAAUGCAAUAUCAAUGGCAUUGUAAUGCUACGAAUCGGUAUUAGGAAAUCUAUUGUCAACGUAGAGAUACGUGUGGUUUAUAGCAUCACAAUUUACGAACUGUAAUUUGUAUCGCGUCCAUUACAUGAAUAUGUAACUAAUUUAUUAUUAAUUAUGUAUAGUUACUUUUAUAAACCAUGGCACGACGAUUAGUUUAUUUAAAUUAGUUGUAAGACUUGUCAACGUGCGUACACAACUGAAAUGUGUUUCGAAAGUACUUACUACCUAUUUACGUAGGUGGUUGUAAGUAACAUUAACAUUUUGGGACAUGGCUGACACUAAAAAUGUCUUAAUCAUAAUAUCUUACACGUGCUACAUCGUGGCAUAAGCAAACAACUAUAAAAUAAUAUGUGGUGAAUUAGACAUGCCUCUUAACCUAGCGAACUUGGCGCCCAACGUGGGGCUUGAAAGUCGAUCCAUGUAGCCUGUAGUAUUUAAAUCUGUAGUGAAUGCAACCUUCUUUUACUUCUUCAUGCUGUCCAGCCCUGUUCCUGGCACUGAUAGAUUUAAGUUAGUUUGUUUGAAAAUUAACAAUGGGUCUUAAAGACUGUUAAUAUUAUUUGAAAGUGCAAAGAGUAGAUUUAAUAUUAACACGCGUCAUUGUACUAGCACCUAAAAUAUGCUCAUUGUGGUGUGGUGUGUUCAUUUUAAGACCCUUUUGGAGCUCAAAAAUGAUGUCUAGUCAUGACAGCAUUAAGUAAAUCAUUAUAAAAUUAGCACAAAUUAAACCAUUACUGCCAUAUUUUUCGAUUAGAGCACAAUAUGCACAAAUUCGAAUUAUUAUGAACUUCAUUUUGUAAAUCAAUUUGCUUGAAUUUUUUGUGGUUUUUGACUUCUGUAAGAGGUUUUUAGUAUUAAUUAUUACAAGUACCUAUUGUUAUGUUUGUGAUAAUUAAUUGAUGAUGUAGAAACUUAAACAUUACUUGAUUUGAUGUUUUUAAUUGUUAUUGUUACCUAAUACUUAAUUGUUACUUUUUCCAACAGUGUAAAAUUGUUUUAAGCUAAGUUAUUUUGAAUUUGUUUUGUUACCUGCAUUUACAUUUUAUCAAUUAUGGUGAUUUUAUUUAUUAUUUAUACAUUAUACACUUUAAAAUCUGUAAAUUAUGUUUUUGUGUAGACUUUUGUUUAUCAGAGUAUACAUUUUAAUACCAUUAUACAUUUCAUAGAACUAAUAAAAACAGUGGGUUAUUAGUUACCACGUAAAGAUAUACCAAAAACAUAAAUAAUGCCAAUAUUAAGAACCUACCAAAUCCCAACAUUUUACAAAACACUAAUGAAAAAGACAAAAUGUGCAUUUAAUAUUAAUCUACUUAAGUAUUUAAUAAUGAAUUAAAUUUCCCAAUGUUUUAUUCUUAAUUAUAUGCAAUAUGUACAUUACUGUGUGUACUUAGGUAUUUAUUAACAAGUUUUGGUUACUUGUGUUAUCUAUUCAAUGUCAAGGAUUAUGUAUGUAAUUCAAUAAUUGUGAUAUUAUCUUGUUUGACUACCUAUAUUUUUACACAUAGCACUAAAGAACAAGUGCUUUCUGUUAAAAAACCAAGGAUUUUUAAGGAACCUUACAACAAAAGUUUCUAAAUAAUAUAAAUUUGGUAUGCCUACUUACUCAAAAUAAUGCAAUGUAUGUGUGUUAUGACUACUAGAUAAUUACCCAUUGUUAUUCAAGCUAAUCAAGUUAAUUCUGAAAUUCUGUGAAUGUAUUUAAAUACCUAAUACUAUUGAUUAAUACAUGCAGUAUUGAAACACCAAUCUUGUUAGAUUAGUCAAAUUACUAUUGUAAAUAUGAUUGUCAGUUUUUUAACAAAAGAUAACUUGGCAAAUAACAAUAAUAUAUUCAAUAUAGUAUACAUAAUGUAUAAUUCUGUUAUGUAAGUGUCCAAGACAGAUAUAGUUAUUAAUAAAGUAGGAAAUGCCUUAAGAAUGUAUUAGUAAAUCAUCAAGACAUCUAAAGGACAGGCUUAUGAAACUGAUAG